CUAAAUGUCUAACAGCCGGUGGAGUCCGCUCCUCGCCCCCCUUUCCAAUGGCUGAUGGAUGUAUCUUGGUGAUAGUUGUACCACUCCUCAUCCCCUCCGUAGUACUUAGUAACUCAUCUGCCUGUCAUGCGUUGAUCGAUGGCCCAAAAAAAGUCAAAUUCCUGCAGGCGGAAACAAACGUCAUACCCUUUUCGGUAACAGGAACCCGAACAAAGACUGAAGGUGUAACACAAUCAUACGGCCCCUUCCUGCACCUGCCUGGAACAGACUGGUUGAUUUACUCCAUUGAAAAUGAAAGGCAGUAUUGCCCGGUCAUACGAUACAUCUAUGGGGAAAGCUAGACCAAGAAUUUCAAUCUCAUCUACUCCGUAGGUAGGUAGUAGAAUAC